AUGGGCUUCGGCGUCGGAUUCAUGCAGGCGACUUCAAUAGUCGCCAAUGUGAGGGGCCUUCUUUUAGCCUCCCUAAACAAAGAUGGCGAAAUUACGUCAUACCACUCACAAUAUGGCUACUCGGUCGUCACUCGCCGGACCUUCUACAUAGGGCAGCAAAAAAGGAGGGGGAAAGAGGACCCCCACAGCCUGUCUACUGCAUUGCCUGCGCGCGACGACGACACCGAUCCCUCCAGCGCGAUUCUGCGUGGCGUUUCCAAUCGUCCCGACACGGGCUAUGGGCUCAGCGGCGCCGCGGACGCGCUGGAGCCGGGCGGUCACCAACAGGCUACGGCUGGCGGCGCUGUGCGCACGGAGAGGCCUUUGGAUGUCUGCGGGGAUGGAAGAGGCGUUGCGGGGCUCGGGCCCGGGGUGAGUACGUGCUCUCGCAGCUCGGGGCUGUCCCGGCCUGCGGCUCCCAGCCGGGGUGGCAGGAGCAGCCGGGUCGGGGCCGUGCCGGGAGCUCGGGACUCGCCCCUGCCUGGGGCCUCUUCUGCAGGCGAGCGGGACGCGGCAGAGAAAGGAGCCGGGCCGUGCUCAGGGCCUUGGAAUCUGCGCAAGUGCUUUCCAAACGUAUUCGCAGAGAUUCAGCUCUGGGGAAGCUGCAAAGGAGCCUCCCCCGAUGGAGCUCCCGCAGAGGAUGGGGCGAUUGCAGCCCCCUGGCAUUGCCGUGGAAUUCGGGACCUGUGGUACGGGUCAGGAGCUCCUGCUGGGGCAAGAGCUUCAUCUUCCAAGAGGCAAAGCUGCAACAUCUUCCUUGCCAGGGACUGUCUCCAUGCAGGAAAGAUAAAAAAGGAGAAAGUAUUCUUUGUAAUGCACUAGCACUGUGUUUAAAAUCUCCGUGGCAAUGGAAGGAACAGAUGAUAAAACGGUAAUGUGAGAAAUAAAAUAAUGAAAUUGGUGUUGUAGAAUUGCCUCUACAACACCAAAAUGACAAAUUGAAAUAACAGUUAAAAGAAUCUAAGGAAAAGACAAAAACCUGUGAAGAAAAUUCAGAAUUUACAUUAUUAAAAAAACCCCAGAGAUUGUCAUAUCCCAGGAGCCUGAUUUUGGAAUGUUUUACAGAAUUGUCUGAGUAGCUUUUACUUCUUACCUUUACAUAGUCUGUUCAUGGCAGGUCCAGCCUGUGCUUCAGCUUAGUCCCACUCUGAGCCCUCAGUCUGCAGGGAAAUUAAUAAUUUGGGAAGUUCUUACAGUUUUAUUUAAUGCUUUAAUGGUUAUGAUGAUUUUCUAGAAGCAGGCUGUCCAUCCAGACCUGUUUCCUUCCCUCUCUCUGUCAGACAGUACCUGUGGCAAGCCUGAAGUGAGACAGGGAUCCGCAAAAUCUGACUAUCUAUGGCUGAAGCCAUUUGCUAUCAAUGCUGAUGGAGUGUGAGGUGCUGAAGACUGAAAACGCCUUCUUUUCCCCCUGAAUGCCAAGGCACCGUGUCCAUAAGAAGCUCCUUUCUUUGUGGCUACCUUAGGGAUACUUCCCAAGGCAGCAGGCAGAGGGAGCUGUUGUGUGUCAGCAUGGGAACUGUCAGGACACACAGCACAGCCAGAGGUGUUGGGAAGAGAGCUCCCUUUGGGCUGUAGUCACAGGUUAGGUCAGCAUGGUUCCUUGUGAACAUUCCCAUCGGAUUAUACAUCUCCUGUU